AUGCUUCCUCGCUCUACUGGUCUUCUACUGAGAGCAGCAUCGAGAACACUAACAAGACGCCAGGCGCCGGCUCUUCGAGCAGUUGGCAGCCUCAAAACAGCCAAUUCGCUUUUCCAGCAUCGUGGGUUUCACGUCUCUCGCUUUUCCCGCUUCAAAAACGCCUCUGUGUGCCAUAAUGAGAUCCCUUUCAACCAGCUUUCAGAAGAAGACAAAGAGACACUCACAGAGGAAAGAGCCACCGAUAGCGUGGACGUUUGCAUUGUGGGCGCAGGCCCGGCUGGAUUGGCUACGGCGAUUAAGCUUAAACAGCUCGAUAACGAAGAAGGCUCGGGCGAGAUGAGAGUGGUUGUUCUAGAAAAGGCACCCGACUUUGGCUCACAUAUUCUUUCUGGCGCUGUGCUCGAGCCUAGGGCGUUAAAAGAGCUUUUUCCUGAUAGCGAGUUCCUUAAUGAAGAUGGUCUGGGUAUUCCUUUACCGCCAGAUUUGGUCACUUUGGUGGAACUGGACGAUAUGAGGUACUUGACAGAACAGUACGCUUUCACGCUACCAGAACCGCCACAGAUGCAGAAUCACGGUAAGAAUUAUAUUACUUCAUUGAACCAGGUUGUCCAGUACUUGGCAGAGCAAGCUGAAGAAUUAGGGGUGGAGCUUUUCCCAGGCAUUUCUGUCUCUGAGCUUAUAUAUACAGAAAACGGCGACGCCAUUAAAGGUGUGGCCACCAGAGACGUGGGAAUUGGUAAAGAUGGUGCUCCACUUGGCUCUUUUGAGAGAGGCAUGGAAUUUCACGCUAGAAUGACCGUUUUGGGUGAAGGUUGCCAUGGUUCGCUUACGAAAAAGGCCGUUUCCAAGUUCAACUUGCGUGCCAACUCAGAUCCACAAACCUACGGUAUUGGAAUUAAAGAAGUAUGGAGAGUCGAUGAAUCUAAGUUUCAGCAAGGCUUUGUGGGACACUCUAUGGGUUUCCCCUUGCCUCUGGAUGUCUACGGUGGUGGAUUCAUGUACCAUUUUGGAGAUGGACUUGUUGCUGUAGGUCUUGUUGUUGGUCUUGACUACGCCAACCCAUACAUUUCGCCAUACCAGGAGUUCCAAAAAAUGAAAACACAUCCAUACUACGCUGAUGUUCUUGAAGGCGGUGAGUGUGUUUCUUAUGGAGCCCGUGCACUUAACGAAGGUGGUUUACAGUCCAUUCCUAAGCUUCAUUUCCCUGGUGGUGUACUUGUGGGUUGUUCAGCUGGAUUCAUGAAUGUUCCUAAAAUCAAGGGAACCCAUACUGCCAUGAAGCUGGGCAUUGUAGCUGCCGAACUGAUUUUCGAAGCUGUUAAGGAAUUAGAUGUGGUUGAUGAGGAAACGAACUUUGACGAGGCUCUUGAUUUAAAAGCCUACGAAGACUCUCUCAAGGAAUCCUGGGUCUACGAAGAACUCCAUGCCGUCAGAAACGUUCGUCCUUCGUUUAAUGGCCCUCUAGGCUUCUUGGGCGGUUUGGCCCAUUCUGGUUUCUCCACCAUGUUCUCCAACGGUAAAGAGCCAUGGACGUUAUCUCACAAGCACACCGACGCCGAAGCCACGAAACCAGCAUCUGAAUUCACGCCAGUGGAGUACCCAAAACCAGACGGAAAACUCACAUUUGACAUUUUGACGUCUGUUUCCAGAACAGGUACUUACCAUCAAGAAGACGAACCAUGCCAUUUAAGAAUCCCACAACAAAACCACAGAAAGCAUGCUGAAAUAUCAUUUCCUAAAUUCAAGGGCAUCGAACAGAAGUUCUGUCCUGCUGGAGUUUACGAAUAUAUCGAGGACGAAGAAGAGCCUCUUGGAGUGAAGUUCAACAUCAACAGCCAAAACUGUAUUCACUGCAAAACUUGUGACAUUAAGGUGCCAGCACAGGAUAUCAACUGGGAGGUUCCUGAAGGAGGAGACGGGCCCAAGUACUACAUGACAUAG